CACCCAGUGCCCGCACGGACGCCGCAGGCAGCACCGGGAGCCAUGUCUGGUUCCUAUGAUGAGUCGGCAGCGGCCGCGGAGGAAACGACCGACAGCUUCUGGGAGGUGGGGAACUACAAGCGCACAGUGAAGCGGAUUGAUGAUGGGCAUCGUCUCUGCAAUGACCUCAUGAACUGCGUGCACGAGCGGGCCAAGAUCGAGAAGUCCUAUGCACAGCAGCUCACUGACUGGUCCAAGCGGUGGAGGCAGCUCAUUGAGAAAGGUCCCCAGUAUGGCAGCCUGGAGAAGGCGUGGGGUGCCAUCAUGACAGAGGCAGACAAGGUGAGUGAGCUGCACCAGGACGUGAAGAACAGCCUGCUGAAUGAUGACUUCGAGAAGGUCAAGAACUGGCAGAAGGAUGCUUACCACAAGCAGAUCAUGGGAGGCUUCAAGGAGGCCAAGGAGGCUGAGGAUGGCUUCAGGAAAGCCCAGAAGCCCUGGGCCAAGAAGCUCAAGGAGCUGGAGACUGCCAAGAAAGCCUACCACCUAGCAUGCAAGGAGGAGAAGCUGGCCAUGACCCGGGAAGCCAACAGCAAGGCCGACCAGUCCAACACCCCCGAGCAGCAGAAGAAGCUCCAGGACAAAGUAGAAAAGUGCAAGCAGGAUGUGCAAAAGACCCAGGAGAAGUACGAGAAGGUGCUGGAUGAGCUGAACAAGUGCACCCCGCAGUACAUCGAGAGCAUGGAGCAAGUGUUUGAGCAGUGCCAGCAGUUUGAGGAGAAGAGGCUCAACUUCCUCAAGGAAGUGCUCCUGGACAUCAAGAGGCACCUGAACCUGGCUGAGAGCAGCAGCUAUGCCAACGUCUACCGGGAGCUGGAGCAAACCAUCCGCCUCUCGGAUGCGCAGGAGGAUCUCCGGUGGUUCCGCAGCACCAGUGGCCCCGGGAUGCCCAUGAACUGGCCGCAGUUCGAGGAGUGGAACCCGGACCUGACGCACACGAUAACACGGAAGGAGAAGCAGAAGAAAGGCGAGGGGGUGACCCUGACCAAUACCAGCGGCACGGGCGAGAGCGGGGCUCCGGCGGGCGAGCGCGGCAGCGUGAGCAGCCACGACCGCGGGCAGACCUACAGCGCUGAGUGGUCCGAUGAUGAAGGCAGCAACUCCUUCAACACCAGCGAGGCCAAUGGUGGCACCAACCCCUUCGACGAGGACUCGGUGGGGAAGGGUGUGCGGGUGCGGGCUCUGUACGACUACGAUGGGCAGGAGCAGGAUGAGCUCAGCUUCAAAGCAGGUGAUGAAUUAACCAAACUCGGUGAAGAGGAUGAGCAAGGAUGGUGCAAAGGGCGCUUGGACAACGGGCAGCUGGGUCUCUACCCCGCCAACUACGUGGAGGCAAUCUAA